AUGAGCGGCACCGUACCGACGGUGAUCCCCGCGCAGCUGCGCGCGGCGGCCGGGCGGCCGCCGACGCCGCCUCCCGCGGCGCCGCCCGCGCCUCCGACGGAGGACGCGAACGCGGCGGCGAUGCCGCCUCCGCCUCCGCCUCCGCCCGCGAGCGACGCCGUCGCGGUGACCGUCGCGGCGAGCCCGCCGUCGUCGCCGCCGCCCAGGGACGCGGCGGCGACGCGCGACCCGAUGGCCCUGGACGACUACGCCCCGAGAGGCGGCCCGAUGGUCACGCGCGUGUGGCAGCCCACGCCCGCGCCGGACGCCUCCGCGGUCGGAUCCAUCAUGCUCGCGCCGCUGACGCCGCCGAGAGAGAAGACGCGCGCGGCGAUGCACGGCGGCGCGGGCACCGCGGCCGCGGCCGCGUCGAACCCGCGACGCGACCGCGCGCUCGCGGGCGCGGGCGACGACGACGGCCUCAUCGUCCGCAGGCGCCCGGCGGCGCGCGCGGACAACCUCGCGCGACGCGUCCAGCGCGCCGAGGCGGAGAAAAACGACGCGCGAUGGUUCGACGAGCGCGACGGCGGGAUUCGAUGCGCGGCGGACCCGAUCCCGCCGGGGGGCGAGCGCUCGCGGCCGGCGCGAUGGUUCGACCCGGACGCGCCGUAUUUACAGACGAUACCCGCGGUCGAUCACCUCGCGGGGUUGGACGGCGCGGCCGCGAUGGCGUCGUCGUUCGGCGGGGGCGCGAAGGAUGACGACGCGUAUCGGUUGGAAGUUUCCGUGGGGAGGCUCGAGUUCGCGUGCCACCCGCUCAUGGGGAAAGAGGACUUCCUCGCCGCGCAGCUCGAGGAGACCUUCCGCGCGUACAAGCGCCGCGAACUUAGCGGGUUGGCGCGGCUGUACGAUACGAAGAGCCACGCCGCGAGGGCGAGGGCCAAGGCGCUGAGGCGAGAGAUGGACGGCGGCGUCGCGCUCUUUCUGAGCGGCGCGUCCCCCGCCGAACGCUUAAAGGCGAUGGAGGAGGAGGCGGAGGAAGCGCUGCAGCUCGCGUUGGACGAGGGCGAGAAAGCGCGGGCCGCGGUGAAGCACAUGAUUGAUCUCCACGUCGCCAUCGAGGAAGCGCGACGCGCGAUGGGAAGCCGAGCGACGAGCGUUCGAUUGGUCACGCGCCCGAAGCCCGGGUCGGACCCCGCGCAUAUCGCCGCGGGGACCGCGGAGCUGGAGCCGAUCCUGACCGGCGGUCCCCCGCGCGACGAGGGCGCAAACGUGUUGCGAGCGGAGCAGAACCGCAGGUCGAGGGCUGCGAGCGCGCGAUUCUCCGUCGCGUUGGAGAUCAACGGAAAGACGGUUCCCGGGUGGUCGCAGCCGGUGUCGUUAUCCUCCAACGGCGGCUUCUCCACGACGAUCGCGCACGCCUUCUCCGUGACGGUGUCCAAGUGGCCCGAGUCCGUGCGCUUGGUGUUAUACGAGAAGGGCACGGUCAUGGACACGAAGAUCGCGGCGGUGCCCGUGGCGUUGCCCGGGGCGGAGCUGGACGCGCCGACGGCGGACCCGCACGCGAAGCAGUACCAGUUCAGCGCGGAGAGCCCGUUCAAUCCGGCGUGGAACAACACCGCGGCGGGCGCGAUCCCCAUCGGCGACGCCACCGCGGAUACGGGCGCGAAGUUCACGUCCGGGUCGCUGUUCAUAACCUGCGCGUGGGUCCCGAGGGAGACGCACGGGUUCGGCGGCGCCGCCGCCGCCGCCGCCGCAGCCGCCGCCCGCGACGACGAUGUGGAGAAGCGCGCGCGGAUCGCGCCGCCGCCGCCGACGCGCGCGACGAUGAAGAAGCAGAGAGCCGCGCACGCGCUGCAGGGCGCGGGCGUGGACUUUCGCGCGUCCAUCGACGGAGGAGAGGGAGGAUUGAAGGCGGCGCUCGACCCGUCCAACCCGGAGGACGCGGCGUUGCUCGAGACGAUGGAGACGAAGGACGCGCUGAAGCACCAGACGGGAGGAGGCGCCGUUAACGGCGGGUUCAGACUCGCCAGCGUGGACGACCAGAUGCUCGGGUACACGUCCAAGGCGUCGAAGCGGCAGCAGCUCCUGAAGCUUCGCGCGGAGCAAGGGGUGCCGCUCAUGGACGGCGGCGUGCCGCUCGAGGAUGUCAACAUCCCGGAUCACCUCCUGGAUAAGACGGCGGAGGAGUUCGCGGGGGAUAAGAUCAUGGGCGCGCAGAUGGCUGGGCUCGCGGAGGCGGACCGACGCGCGUCGAAGAUUGCCGAUCACCUGCACAGGAUUCGUCUGAACUUGAAGCGCGCGAACCGAAACGCCAAGGCGGGGAUCAAGGGCACGAAGGGCCCGGCGCGGACGGAGGACGUCGUGAAGGACACGCCGCUGCCGAUCCUCGCGUUCAACAUGGAAAACAUCGCCCGCGUGUUUAGCUUUCUCAAACCGCGGCGGAAGCUGCGCCCGACGCGCCGCAGAGCGCGCGCGGAGGAGUCGCACCCGGAGUACUGCGAGGUGGUCAUCAACAUCCAGAAGGCGUUCAACUUGCCGGUGCGAUCCGGCGGUGGCGGCGGCGGCGGCCGCGGGAUGAACCGCGGCGGGGGCUACGGCGACGACCGCGGCGGGUUCGGCGCCGGGUUCGGCGGCGAGCUCCAGCCGUAUAUCGAGGUGACGUUCCAAAACUACACCACGCGCACGCGCGUCGCGAGCGGGUCGUCGCCGUCGUGGCAGGAGAGCAUCUCGCUGCCGUUCAGACCCCCCGGGGGAGAUUUCUCCCCCGCCGGCCUCGUGAACAUGUCCGACGCGAUCGAGAUCACCCUCUUCGACGAAGUCCACGAAGAGCCCGAGCGUUCCUACGGCGCCGCCUCGAGGACGAGGAACGGUGGCUCGGAGACGACGUCCACGACGCGCCACUUCCUCGGGAAGAUCAACGUCUCCGUCGCGUCGCUGUAUCGCGCCGGCGACGGCAAGGUGGAGGGCGUCUUGCCGUUUGAGCAGCCCCGCGCGCUCAUCGGGUACGACACGCCGCCGCCGGUGGCGAACGCGACCGGCCGCGGCGGCGUCCCCGGCGCCGGCGGGCUCUCUCCGCAGAUCCGCGCGAGCCUCGGGGUGUACAUCCAGUUCGCCCCCGCGCUCGCGAAGCCCGACCCGGGACCGUCGGACGCCGGCCAGGGCGAAGAGGACGCGCUCUUGCGGCACGGCCAAAAGUGGGAGAUGGACGCGCGCGGUGCGAACAAAUCGUGCAAGCACCGGCCGUACGUCAGCGCGGUCACGAACGCGCAAGGGCGCUCGUGCUUGCUGCCGCGCUACGUCGCCCCCGCCGCGCUCCCGCCUGGAUUCCAGGGCGCCGUCGCGGACGAGCCGACGCUGCGGCAACUGCUUCGCUUCGUGCACCUCGUCCCGCACGUCUCCGACAUGGAGGCGUUCGAGACGCCCGCGAACGUGGACAUAUGGACUACGUCCGCGGAGUUCCUCGACCUGUGCGCGGGGGACUCGGAGGAGCACGCGCUUCUGCUCGUGGGGUAUCUGCUCACGCUGGGCGUCGAGGCGUACAUCGUGCUCGGCGUGAGCGCCGCCGACGCCAACGCGGCGAUGGUGUUCACGCCGGGGGGGCAAGGCCGCGCCGCACAGAAUAUGACCAGGCACGGCGGAAGGAACGGUGACCCGAACGCGUACGCGCCGAUGCUCGAGGACGCGCUGAUGUGGGACCCGUUCAGCGGGGAGGUGUACAGCGUCUACGACUCGUCGUGCAGCGCGUGCAUGGGCGAGAUCGCCGUCGUCUUCAACGCGGAUAACAUCUGGGCCAACGUGCAGCCGAGAGCGCGGCCGCACGAGAUGCACUGGAACCUGAACGACAGCGCGCACUGGAAGCCGUACUUCAGCGUCACCGGGUUCGCGCCGCGGAGUUUGCCGACGUGCCAGAAGACGAUCGCGUACCAGUCGUACGAGCCCGCGUUUUACGAGAGAAUCGCGAGCGCGGUGGAACGAGAGGCGAUGGACGCCGUCGUUCGCAUCCGUUCGCGGCAGCACACGCCGUUCAACCGCCGCGUCUCCAGACAGCUCAAAGAGAUGCUCCGCGACAUCGAAGGCCACGUGCUGAUGUCCCCGGACGAGGCUGCGAUGGGGAUAUCGUUGGGAGGCGGCAAGGGGCGGGUCGGGACGCUCACGGAGCUGCACGUGAACGAGCUCGGGAACAUGCUGGACGGGUACACCGUCACCGGGUGUCCGAUCAACUUGCGGUUCGUGGACGCGGCGGAGGUUCGAAACGCGAUCGAGGAGACCGCGAUCGCGGACACGUCGAGGAGCGACGUCGAGUUCGCGGUCGCGACGCACGUGGAGCCGUACGGCGCGACGUUCGUGUGCUCCGUGUGGAUAUACGUCGCGCGGCUGACGAAAAAUUCGAGGUAUUAA